AUGGAUAUUGCGUGCGAGGAGGAGGUAUUGAGGCAGCAGGAGGGUGCUGAGCAAGGUACCAAGGGGCCCGGUAUUCAGGAGGCCUCCCUGUUUGACAAACUGGAGAGUAAGCUGGAAAGCACGAUGGAUGGAAGAGUCAAAGAAACAUCGAAGGGGAUCGAGCUAAACUUGGGUUUGAAUGACAAGACAACGGAAUUGGCACAAACAUACUUGGAAUCCUUGGACGGGGAAUUGGCCCGUGUCGAGGAGGCGGCAAGUGCAUACUGGAGUAAGCUUUCUAAUGGGAGAAUGGGUCUCUGGUCUUCUUUUAGUAAAAGCUGGGGUAUUGGCGAGACAGCAGAUGGGACCGCUCAGAAGAAACCGGAAGCUACUGUAAAUAAUGAUCACAGAACCACGAGUGACGCUUCCAAUUUUACAGGAACUAGAACUGAUCUUGAACUGAAAAGACUGUCACAAGACAAAAGUCUUUACUCAAAUGCAAUGAAAACGCUGGACUUGUCAGAAGUGACUCCAGCAAACAAAGCAGAAGUAGACAAAAUUCUUUCUAUCGACAAGCAACUUGCACAACUCGCAGACGAGUUGGUACCAUCCCAAAUUAGCUACGAUGCAUUCUGGCAGAUAUACUUUGAUGAAAAGUCUAAGAUAAUACAAAUGGGUGAAGAGAGGAAACGCCUAUCAAAUGAAGCGAAACGAAUCACUGAAGAAGAAGAGGUAAAAUGGGACGAUGAUGAGGACGAAGAUGCUGACGAAAAGGAGCAAGAUGGCGAUGAAUCUUUAGUGAUUGUCGACAAGAAGGACACGGAGAAAGAGGCAUCACAACCAGCGCUUUCCUCCAAAGAAAAAAACGAAGACAAUAAACGUGAAGACGCUAGUAAUAACGAUGAUGACGACGAUGACUGGGAAUGA